AUGAGAAUGAACUGGGAAAUGGUGCAUAACAGCUUCCUGAGAUGCUACCAGUAUGAACAGGGCCAAGGUCUCGCCAAUGAUCGCGGCUGCACGGCGCUGACCUGGGACGGUCCGGCCUGCGUUAGGGUCCAGGGACGCUGA